ACUCCAACUCUCCCGCUCUUCACUCUUCCCCCUGUACAGACACGCAGUGGGCGGCAGAUCUGUAAACCUGCCCGCUAUGUUCAUUUCAUUGACUGACAUAAACGUUAACCUCAUUUAGACAUACUUCUCAUUACUAUUGUUGUUAACAUUCACUUCAUUAUAACCAUUAAUAUUUAUUAGUAUUAUUAUUUGCUGUUCGUCAACUGUACUGCAAGCACACGCAUUCACCAAGUAUAUGUAUAUAUCUAUUUAUAUAUGAAUUUCACAAAUGUUAACGAACAUGUCAUGGUUUAUUAUGUACAUAAAUUUUUAUUUAAAAUUAUAACAAGUUUUGAUUUUUUUUAAAUUCCUGUAUGUGCUUGUAUGUGCUAAACUUUAUACGACACGGAUGCAUUCCAUACAUCCUGAUCUAACUUUGUAUCCUUAUUGUUGUUAUUGUUAUUUUUUUGUUAUCCUUAUUGUUGACAUUGUCCCUUAUUUAUAUUGCUUAUAUUCAUGUAAUCGUCCACGAGGACAGUACUGAUGGUCCUCCGGACCUCUAAGAGGGGGAGCCCUGUGGAGUCCUCAAAAAUAAACUUAUCCAAAUUUUACUACUAUGUAAAUAAUGAACAUAUUGUACACCACUUUGUUUUAACCAGAAACUCUGUACUUUGACUUUACCUCGGGUUUUGAAUAAAUAUACAGCUGUGCCUUCGACUCUCCGUCUUCUCCACCAUCUCAACUGCCGUCGAUCAAUCCUAAUCACCUGCUUUCUAUCUCUGAUUUUUGCAGGAGCACCGUAGUUUCUUCCUACGUACUUUGGUCGACCUCCGGCAACGUUAACAUUGGAGAAUUACUACUGGAGCAGUCUUUCCGCAGCACCUGGAGUCUAUUACGUUUAUUGUGGACUGUGGACCUUUGUAAACUCAAGUAAUCAAACUUUAAUACAUUCUUCCCGUAACUAAACUCAUUUGGUAUUUUAUUUUCUACUUGAAUUUGGGUAACUAAGCUAAUAGAGUGAAAAGGUCCACCACAAUAAUUGGUGAGCCCGUUUCGAACCCUUUUUUAUGGUUAACCCGUUUUCGAACCUUUUUGUUUCGAUAGUUACCUCGUUUUGAACAUUUUUGUUGCUAUUUUGUCCUUAUAAACUCGCACUGCUUUAAUUUUUGUUACCACAAGUUUUUCUAUUUUGUAUAUCUAUAUACUUACAUAUUAUAUGACAAUGGCUCCACCUAAACGUACCACUGUUGCUGAAGAAGGUAAUAAAGGCGAAGAGACACAGAACUCUGCUGUUAACGCCUUGCCGGAUUUAAGACUCCCUCAAUUUGAUCUGGCUGAACCACGUGUCUGGUUCACAAUCAUUGAACAGUUGUUUGCAGCUCGAGGUAUUACGUCGCAGAUCGCCAUGUAUGGUUGCGUAUUAGCAGCAAUUCCCACGGAAGUACUACGAGAGGUUAUCGAUGUCAUAGACAGCAAACCUACAGACUCUCAAUAUGACAAACUAAAAGCUGCACUCAUCCAGCGGACCACUCUCUCCGAUGAGAAACGCAUACAACAACUACUUACUUCGUGUGAUCUAGGUACAAAAAAGCCAUCUCAACUACUUAGACAUAUGCGCCAGUUGAUUGGGUCACACAAAGUAGAUGAGUUAAUUCUACGUCAGAUGUUCUUACAACGUUUACCACAAAAUGUUCAACAAAUCCUAACAAUAUCUUCUAGGACGACAGACCUUGAAGAAUUAGCUAAAAUGGCAGACGAUAUCAUGGAUGUGUUAUCAAAUAAUGGCAUAAAUAGCGUGUCUACCGAGGCAGUACCACCAAGCCCUUCCACAUCUAUGAAGGACGCACCAAUGUUUUGGUUACUUUCCCAGUUAACAUCUCAAAUGCAAGAUUUACGACUGGAAGUGUCCGAGCUUCGAGCACAAAGGAACCAGUCACAUACGGUAUCCAAGCAACGGCGAUCAAGAUCUAGACGACGUUCUAGAACACCGUCUCAAAGCCGUAACAUUUGUUGGUAUCAUAGGAGGUAUGGGCAUAAUGCCCUGAAGUGUAUUCGACCGUGUAUGUACAACAGUAGUAACUCAUCUCAGGGAAACUCCCCAGCCAGACAGUAAUGGCGACGGCUGUUAAUGGCAAUCACCCCAGUCGCCUUUUCUAUGUGAGGGAUUUGACUACCGGCACAUUAUUCUUGGUAGAUACAGGCGCCGAGGUCAGUGUUAUUCCCCCCUCACUAUCCAGGCGAUCAGCCAAAAUACCUGGAAAACUUUCACUUCGUGCUGCCAACCAAACCAACAUACAGACGUAUGGCGAACAGUCAAUGAUUUUAAACUUAGGACUACGCCGACGUUUCACAUGGAUCUUCAUAGUAGCUGACGUACGUCACGCUAUACUAGGUGCAGACUUCCUAAGUCACUUCAAUCUGUUAGUUGAUAUCAGCAAGAAAAAACUGGUUGACAAUUGCACCCAACUCAAGAUCCAUGGUAUUACAUGUGACUACUCGGUUCAUAGCAUCUGUAUAGAAAAGCCGGAGAGUGAAAUGUUCUCUGCUUUAUUGAAACGAUUUCCUAAAAUCCUUAAACCAUCAUACAACGUUGAAGAUAUAUCUCAUACAGUUACGCAUAAGAUCAUCACAACAGGACAACCUGUGAAGGCACGUCCACGACGGUUACCACCCGAUAAACUAGCAGCAGCUAAGUCGGAAUUUGAACAUAUGAUGCAGUUAGGUAUCAUACGACCAUCUAACAGCCCAUGGUCUUCACCUCUGCACAUGGUACCUAAAACUAAUCAUGACUGGCGACCAUGUGGAGAUUAUCGCGCUUUGAAUAACGCUACGGUCCCAGAUCGUUAUCCUAUACCUCAUCUCCACGACUUCUCCUUGACCUUACAUGGAAAGACCGUUUUUACCAAAGUUGACUUGGUCAGGGCAUAUCAUCAAAUACCAGUCGCUCCAGAAGACAUUGCAAAAACAGCAAUUAUUACGCCUUUUGGAUUAUUCGAAUUCUUGAGAAUGCCUUUCGGACUAAAGAAUGCUGCUCAAACAUUUCAGCGUUUUAUGGACCAAGUUACCCAAGGUCUUGAUUUCGUCUUUGUAUAUAUCGACGAUGUCUUAAUUGCCAGCUCAUCGAUGGAAGAACAUAUGCAACACUUAAGCCUGUUAUUUCAAAGGUUUGAACAAUUUGGAGUUGUUAUCAAUCCAAAGAAAUGUAUUUUUGGUUCCCCUUCCAUUGAAUUCUUAGGACAUCGAAUAACUGCCGAAGGCAUCAGACCUACCGAAGAUAAGAUAGAAACUAUUAAGAACUUUCCCGAACCUGAUUCCUUAAAGAAACUUAGACGUUUUCUCGGGAUGUUCAACUUCUACCGACGUUUUAUUCCAUCAUGUGCCUCCAUAGUUCAGCCACUGACCGACCUACUUAGAUGCAAUUCGAAGAAAUUUCAGUGGUCUGAAGAAGCAAAAGCAGCAUUUAAUAAUGCAAAAGAUGCCUUAUCCAACGUUGUAAUGUUAUCUCAUAUCAACCCAGAAGCUUCACUCAUUUUAUGUACAGAUGCAUCGCAGGUAGCAGUGGGAGCAGUUUUACAACAAAAGUUCAAUAAUGACACCACUCCACUUGCUUUCUUCUCCAAGAAGUUGGAACCUGCGCAAACUCGUUACAGUACCUUUGGCAGAGAACUGUUAGCCAUCUACCUAGCAGUGAAACAUUUCAGCUUCUUACUACAAGGUCGACAUUUUACUAUCUUAACCGACCAUAAGCCUCUUUGUUAUGCUUUCACCACUUCGUUGGACAGACACUCUCCGAGAGAAGCCAGACAACUGGAUUACAUCUCACAAUUCUCAACAGACAUCCAGUUCAUCAAAGGAGAUUCUAAUAUCGUAGCCGAUUCUUUGUCUCGAUGUGACGUUAAUCACCUAUCUUCGAUAGAUAUUAGCUUAGACAAUAUUGCCAAGCUGCAGAAAAAUGACGCCGAACUCCAUACUUGUAGACGAAACUCCUCCCUACAGUUGCAGGAUGUACCUAUUCCCCUGUCUGAUACAACUAUCGUCUGCGACGUUUCAACGGGAGUUCAUAGACCUUUUGUUCCACUAAGUUGUCGAAAAACUUUGUUUGAACAUCUACAUUCAUUGUCUCAUCCUGGAGUGCGUGCUACAGUCAAGUUGAUCAGCGAGCGUUUUGUUUGGCCCAAGAUGAACUCCGAUAUUCGGAAAUGGGCCCGCCAAUGCUUGCAAUGUCAAAGAUCCAAGGUACAUCAUCACACCGUCACACCUCCAAAACAGUUCAAUUUACCCGAUAAACGAUUUCAACACGUUCAUAUAGAUGUUGUUGGACCAUUACCGCCAUCCAGAGGAUUUACUCAUAUACUUACUGCGAUUGAUCGAUUUACCCGAUGGGCUAUUGCUUGUCCACUCAACGAUAUAUCUGCAGAAAAUAUCGCUUUGGUUUUCUUAGAUCGCUGGGUGUCAAACUAUGGAGUACCCACAACUAUUACAACAGAUCGAGGAGCUCAAUUUCAAUCAACUCUGUUUCGAGAGUUUACGAGACUCCUUGGAGUGAACCAUAUCUCCACUACAGCUUAUCAUCCUGCAGCGAAUGGUCUGGUGGAACGUUUCCAUCGACAACUGAAAAGCUCGCUUAUGGCACAAGCUGACUCAUCUAAGUGGAGUGAACACCUACCAUUAGUUCUUCUCAGUAUCCGAUCAACUGUAAAAGAAGAUUUGGGAUGUACACCAGCUCAACUUGUGUAUGGUACUACCCUCACAUUGCCUGGUCAGUUAGUUCCGUCUAAUGAUUCAACUGAAGUAAAUAUCUCCGACUUCACCAACCGCCUUACCCAGCAUAUGCUUCAGCUUAGACCAGUAGCCCCUCGCCAAUCACUUCAGAAAGCUCAAGUAAAUAAGAACCUACUCACUAGCAAAUUUGUAUUUGUUCGCGUCGAUGCCAUUAGAAAAGGUCUACAACAUCCAUAUGAAGGUCCUUUUCUAGUACUUAAACGCACCGAAAAAUACUUCACGCUGAACAAACAUGGUAAACCGGAGACUGUUUCUAUCGACCGUCUUAAACCAGCGUACACCGACAGCGAACAUGAAACACUAGCAACGCCGACACCAAUAAACAAUCAGCAAGUCAAUGCAACUCCAACUCUCCCGCUCUUCACUCUUCCCCCUGUACAGACACGCAGUGGGCGGCAGAUCUGUAAACCUGCCCGCUAUGUUCAUUUUAUUGACUGACAUAAACGUUAACCUCAUUUAGACAUACUUCUCAUUACUAUUGUUGUUAACAUUCACUUCAUUAUAACCAUUAAUAUUUAUUAGUAUUAUUAUUUGCUGUUCGUCAACUGUACUGCAAGCACACGCAUUCACCAAGUAUAUGUAUAUAUCUAUUUAUAUAUGAAUUUCACAAAUGUUAACGAACAUGUCAUGGUUUAUUAUGUACAUAAAUUUUUUAUUUAAAAUUACAACAAGUUUUGAUUUUUUUUAAAUUCCUG